CAAGAGCCGCUAGUUUGAAGGGCACUGCCAACUGCUGUUAACUCCUAGUGAGUCAGUUACUCUUGUAAUUCGCCCUCCCUUUCUAUAAUCACCCCACCCUCUGUGCUAACACUCUUAAAGAACUGUCAACCCACGCUGCUCUCUCUCAUCAGAGCUGUAGCACGCUUUCCAGUGACUACAGUUUCACGCGCACAGUCAUUCUCUCACAGACGCGCGCGCAAUGGGUGCGCUGAAUAUUUUAGCGCGUAUUAAUACAUAACCUUAAAAUAUACUCUUAGUGCAAUAUCGUGAAUAAGUAGUUUUAAAUUGAUUUAGAAACCUAUACUCCUAGCAGUUUUCGAGGGUCAGCGGAUUUACAGAAAAUGAAUGCAAAUCAGAUCCCGUUUUGGGAAUGUUCAAGAGCCCCAGACAAUUCCAGCUUGAACACCUCUGCGUUUGAAGUUAACGCGACCUGUAGCAACGCGUCAAUAAUUCAGAAGUUCCAACCCACACGACCAAAAGAAAUGGACUCGCUGAGGAUUAUCCUUUACUCACUUGUCUUUCUUCUGAGUGUGUUUGGGAACCUUCUGAUCAUUGUGGUCCUAAUAGUAAACAAGAGAAUGCGGACCGUCACCAACUCCUUCCUGCUCUCGCUGGCUAUUAGUGAUGUCAUGAUGGCCAUCUUCUGCAUGCCCUUUAAUCUCAUUCCCAGCCUGCUGGAGGACUUCAUCUUUGGCUCUGCGAUGUGCAAGACAGUCGCCUAUUUCAUGGGUAUAUCUGUCAGCAUCUCCACCUUCAGUCUGGUGGCCAUUGCCAUUGAAAGAUACAGCGCCAUCUGCAACCCGCUGAAGUCCAGGGCAUGGCAGACCCGUUCUCAUGCCUACAAGGUCAUUGCUGCCACAUGGAUAGUCUCUGUGGGUAUCAUGGUGCCCUAUCCUGUGUUUAGUGUACUGGUGCCAUUCAACAAGCCAGACAACAUCACAGCUCACAUGUGCAGGCUUGAUUGGCCCAUCAGUCAGGUGGAACAGACUUGGUACGUCCUGUUGCUCUUCAUUCUGUUCUUCAUCCCAGGUGUGGUGAUGAUAAUUGCCUAUGGUCUCAUAUCCAGAGAACUUUAUAGAGGGAUUCAAUUUGAACUGGAGCAGAAGAAAGACUCUAGUGGCGUAAAGAAUGGGUUGAACAGCGCACUGUCUUCUGGCCAUGAUGAGAGUGAUGGAUGUUAUAUCCAGGUCCCAAAGAAGCCCCCUGCUAUGGAACUUUCUGCUCUGACCACCUCUGGCACUGUAAAAGCGGACCGUCCACGGAGCAACACCUCAGAGGCAAAGCUAAUUGCCAAGAAACGAGUGAUCCGUAUGCUGAUCAUUAUAGUUGCCAUGUUCUUUGUAUGCUGGAUGCCUCUAUACUCUGCCAACACCUGGAAGGCUUUCGACCAAAAGUCAGCUCAGAGCGCACUUUCUGGAGCCCCCAUCUCCUUCAUUCAACUGCUGUCCUACACCUCAGCCUGUGUCAAUCCCAUCAUCUACUGCUUCAUGAACACCCGCUUUCGCAAGGCUCUCUUGGCCACCUUUGGGUGUUGCAGGCGGCCAUGCAAGAACAGGAAGAAGAGGAGGGAAGGUGAUGAUGAGAUCACAGGAGUCACAGGGGCAUCCAUAACAAGGUUCAAUUAUACCACCGUUAGCACGGUAGGACCGUGUUAGCAUUAGCAUUGCAGGUGUCUCCAGUUUGAUCCAUUAGCUGUGUACUUGUGAUAUGUACUACUUGUUUAAGAGUUCAGAUCACCAGAUGUGUUCUUCUUUUUCAUGGUGGCAACAUGCUUUGUUCAAUGUGUCAGUUUUCGUUUUUUUAUUUGGAAAAGAAUACCUCAUUUGUCUGUUCUUUCUGUGGCAAACUGUCGUUCUAUGGUUGUGUCUUCAAUUUAUAUCAUUGUGAUAAAAUCAAAAGGUGCGGUACACGUGAUGUGCAAAGAUGUAGCUUUAUUUUUAUUGUUUAAGAUCUUUAGAGAACUUUUCAGAGGAUGAUCUUAUCCUGCAAAGGAAGUGUACAUAGGCAAAUAGCAUAGAAAUAUUCCUUGUAUCUUCAAUGUUAUGGAACCAAAUAUUGCAUGUUGCAUGAUCAAACAAAAGACUAUAUACUGUACUUAUAGAAAGCUGCUUUCUGUCUACAAAAUGGUAUGUUUUAUUGUCUAUUUUGAGUGUUGUA